GUGAUACUUUCAACAUACCAGAUUCAGUGUUGGGUCUUACAUUACUAGCAAUUGGAGGUUGCCUUCCAGAAACUAUUUCAAGUAUAAUUAUGGUUCGUCAGGGUGAAGGAUCUAUGGGGAUCAGUAAUUCCCUUGGCGCAAAUACUCUGGACAUCUUGAUGUGUCUUGGUCUUCCUUGGUUUGUCAAGACACUCAUCACGGGCGAGCCUGUGGAAAUGGUUUCUGGUGCUCUGAACAUAACGUGCUUGGGUUUACUAGGUCUAGUUGUUAUAUAUUUUAUUACAAUGAUAAUAUUUAAAUUUACUUUAACUCGAUCAUUAGGUAUAACUUAUGCAAUAUUGUAUCUUAUAUACAUUACAUUUUCUGUACUUAUAGAACUAAAUAUUUUCUUUGAAGUUAAUCCAUCAUCAUGUGAACGU